UAGAGAAGCGACUAUGAUAGGGUCUCACUUCAAAGGAAUUGCUUCCAAGGCGUGACAAGAAACCUCAGAGCUAUUCCUCUGUCUGGGGUCCAUUCACAAUUACACAUAUUCAUUCAUUCUUUCAUUCCUGCUUUCAUCCUAAUGCUUCUUUUAUAGACAUCCUUAAUUUCAUCUUCUUCUUCUUCUUCCAUCAAUCAAUCAUCCUUUUCUUGGUUGCUUUCUUCGUCUCAUGUGUUGGUGUCUCCAUACACACAUAUAGAUACGGCUUUCCAAUUUCCUCUUCUGGGUCCUUUGCUUUUUGGGUCUGGGAAUGGCUAAUUGGAGAAAACAACAAGGUGAGAGUCAUCAUCAAGUGGCUCACUGGCGAUCCUAUUCCAACAGCAGAAAGCCUCCUUUGGACAAUUACCAUUCAAACAUGCCUGCCUGGGAAAAGAAAUUUUGUUCUUCAAUUGGCUCAGUUCCAUGGCGAAAGAUUGUAGAAACCAAGCAAUAUAUGCAUCUGUUUGAUAAUGUGGUGAACUGGGAUGACUCUGCUGGCAAGGAGGCAUUUGAAAAUGCAAAAAGGAAGUAUUGGGCUGACAUCAACGGCUUUCCCUGCAGCAUAUCGUUGCCUGAUCCAGACAUUUACAUCGAUAAUGUAGAUUGGAAUGCAAUUGUUGACCCUGAACUUAUUCUGGAUUUGGAAAGAGAAGCAUUAAGAGUCCCUUGUAAGGGAGUGGUAAGAAAUGAUCAAGAUGUUGUGAUUAUUGGUGGUGCUCUAUACUUAAAUGAUCAGAAGCUUCCAUGUACUGGAUGGGGGGAUGAUGAAGAGGAACAGCCAAAGCCUUCUGCUCCAACUACUGCUAUCACAUGCGGGGGGACAAACCUGCAUGAACACAAUGAAGUAGAAUUUGGACAACAACAGGAUCAUGCCGACCCUGCAAAAGAAGUCGAAUUGCAAGGUUGGAAGAAUGAUUCUUGGGGCUGGAAUCAUAGGGAACAGUGUGGUGGUGGUGGUGGUGACAUGAACAAAAUGGGAAGAGGAAGAAACGGUGGUGGAUAUGGUAAUUGGGGAACAUGUGAUGGCCAUUACAGAAGGAGAGAAAACAAUGCUUGGUCUAAAACCCCUCAUGCAUAUAAUGGUAACAAUAAUGAGAAUAAUGUGAAUAGGGGAAGAAGAAACUACAGAGGUGGAGGAGGAAGAAAGGGGAAUUUGAUUUAUGUGCCUAAGGAGGUUCUUCCUACACCUGCUGCAUGGUAAAAAGAAUACAAAACAAAGGCUAAGUGUCAAAGACCUUAGACUGAGACUGCAAUGACUUUAAUGAAACUUCUAGGAGGUUAGUUUUGUGAAGGUGGCUAAAGAUAUAAAUUUUGUUAUGUUAGUAAAACAUGUAAGAUAAAGUAGCUUAUAUGACAAGACAGAAUUUUAUAUUUGAAUACAUUUGUAUGGAAGGCCUAUGGUAUAUUUUGGAGUUUAUAGUCUAAGUAUAGUAGUCCCUUAUGUGGUGAUAGGUUUAUUAUGUAUAUGCUGAGAAAGUAUGCAUAGAUGAAGCAAAAUCGUUUAUUCUUGUUUC